ACCCGACUCAUCCUUUCAACCCGAAUCAUCAUCUCAAAAUUGUAGGCAACUGAAGAAAGGUUUAGGAACUGAAAAGGGCGAGGGUUUUGCGAAUUACUGUUGAAGGCAAAAGAGAAUGGGGGCAAAGAAGGGGGGAAGCAAAGGAGGAGGAGGAGGAGCAGAAGUUGCAGAGGAGGAAUUGGCUCGCACUCCUUUACAGGCUAUCAUUUUGGCUGAUAGUUUCACCACUAAGUUCCGACCCAUCACUCUUGAACGCCCUAAAGUACUGCUACCAUUGGUUAAUGCCCCUAUGAUAGAUUAUACCCUGGCAUGGCUUGAAUCUGCUGGUGUUGAAGAAGUUUUUGUUUUCUGCUGUGCUCAUUCUAAGCAAGUGAUUGAUUAUUUGGAUAAGUCCAAUUGGUUUGACCAACCAAACUUCUCAGUCACAACGAUUGAAUCACACAAUGCUAUUAGUGCAGGAGAUGCUUUGCGUUUAAUCUAUGAGCAACACGUGAUACGUGGUGAUUUUAUCCUCGUCAGUGGAGAUACUGUGAGCAACAUGUCACUAUCACAGGCACUUAAGGAACAUAAGGAGAGACGGAGAAAGGAUAGCAAUGCUGUAAUGACCAUGGUCAUUAAACAAUCAAAGCCUUCACCUAUAACUCGCCAAUCUCGUCUUGGAACUGAAGAGCUGUUUAUGGUAAUUGAUCCAGAGACUAAGCAGCUGCUGUAUUAUGAAGACAGGGCAGAUAAUUUAAAAGGAUAUUUGUCUCUUGACAAGGCAUUGCUUACUGAUAAUACUUCCAUUUCCUUUCAAAAUGACAAGCAGGAUUGCUACAUUGACAUUUGCUCCCCAGAAGUUUUAAGUCUUUUCACUGACAAUUUUGACUAUCAACAUUUGCGGCGUGAUUUUGUCAAGGGGUUGCUCGUCGAUGAUAUCAUGGGUUAUAAAAUCUACACUCAUGAAAUUCAUUCAAGUUAUGCGGCUAGAAUUGAUAACUACAGAAGUUAUGACACCAUUAGCAAAGACAUAAUUCAGCGGUGGACAUAUCCCUUGGUGCCUGAUGUUCAUUUUUUUGGAAAUUCUGCUACUAAAUUAGAAAGGCAGGGCAUGUAUCGAGCACCUGAAAUUAAGCAAUCGCACUCGUCGAAAAUUGGUCCAUUUACUGUAAUUGGGACUGGAACCAGUAUUGGGAACAGCACAGAGAUUUCUAAUUCAGUUAUUGGGGAAGGUUGCUCAAUUGGUUCAAACGUCACUAUAGAAGGUUGCUAUGUAUGGAAUAAUGUCACUAUUGAAGAUGGCUGCAAAUUGAAGCACUCAAUAGUUUGCGACGGUGUGACAAUGAAAUAUGGUGCAACUUUAGAGCCUGGUGUCGUCUUGUCUUUUAAGGUUGUGGUUGGCAGGAAUUUCCUCGUACCUGCUUACUCCAAGGUAUCUUUGCUUCAGCAACCUCUAAAACAAGAUAGUGACGAGGAACUGGAAUAUGCUGACAAUAGUAGUGGGAUCAUGGAAGUUCCAUCUUUCUCUGGUACAUUGGAUCAGUUGAAUGAGGAAGAGAAGACGGAGUUACCUAACUCACAAGAGUACGAGGUUGGUGAUGGUGGAGUUGGUUUCAUAUGGCUAGUCAGUGAGGGUGGGCAGGAAGAAGAAUGGAGACACUCUGUCGCACCAGUUCCUGUGGAUAAACUUGUUGAGAUUAUGCAAAUCACUAAUGAAGUGGACAUAGCAAAUGAAGAUGGUGCUUUGCUUCCACCUUCUGGAGAAUUGGGACCUGACUCUAUAACUAAUGAUUCUAAUGAAGACGCUGAAGAUAUUAGAGAUGAUUCUAUAAUUUUUGAGAGAGAAGUUGAAGCAACUUUUCAAAGGGCAGUAGAGGAAGAUGUAACAGAAGACCAUAUAAUCUUAGAAGUUAAUUCAUUGCGGUUGUCAUACAAUAUGACAUCUGCAGACUGUGCUGGCGCUUUAUUUUAUUCAGUGAUGAAAUUGGCAUUGGAUGCUCCACAUGACUCACCUAAUGAAUUGUACAAGAAUGUUGUUGCUGCAGUUAGAAAAUGGAAAAAGCUUCUCAAAUAUUACUUGUCAAGCAUUGAUGAAGAGAUUGAAGUAAUAUUGAAGUUUGAAGAGAUGUGCUUGGAAUCUACCAGGGAGUAUUCUUCAUUAUUUGUACAGAUUUUGCAUCAUCUGUAUGAUCAGGAAAUUAUACAAGAAGAGGCAAUACUUGACUGGGCUUCUGAAAAGGAAGGAGCAGAAGAGUCGGAUAAGGUUUUUGUCAAGCAAUCAGAAAAAUUUAUCCAGUGGCUCAAAGAAGCAUCUGAAGAAGAGGACGAGGACUGACACAGUAAUAGAGACCAUACAAUUUGGAGCUGCUUCAACUACCUUACAUCUACCUCAUAGUUUACCCUUAGAUGAACAUGUUACUCAACGCUCAGAAACCUGCCACAGCUGAGAAUCAAACCUUAAUCAGUUUGGCCAAUGCAUAACCUAAAUGUGUCAUUUAUACCUCUGCCAUCGAUUGUAUAAUCAUCAAUUAAUUCAUCUAUAGUGAAACUGAGGUCCCAUUUAGUUUGUAUGCUCUUCUGUAGCAAUUGGUGAGGCCAGUUUUGUUUCGAUAGAAUUUUGUCUAGAGGAAAUUUCGAAAUGUCAACUGUAUGCGGAAAUGUGAAAUAGUGAAGUGUUAGUUGCAAUGAAACUUAAGAUAUUGGAGACCA